UUGUUCCACCUCGUCCAUGUCGAUUUCAAGUGGGAGAUAUAAAUGAGCCAAACAUGACCGAGGUGUGUGAUUUCCUGUUUGGGGGUCCUGGUCCUGAGGCCGUAGCUGGGUGUAAGGACAUUAUGUUACAGGCCACACAGGAACUUUUGACAGAUGACGUGGACGAGCAUUCCCUGUUUGACUACGGUCCGUCAUCAGGGGCUCCGGAGGUCAGGCGCCAGUUGGCGGACUUUUUGACAAUUCAGUAUAAUGACAAAGUUGAAAGCGACAACCUUUUUAUUACUGUCGGUGCAUCCCAUGGAAUACAUCUGGUGUCUACAGUGCUUAUAGGCGAAGAAGUGCCAAUUUUUGUCGAAGAUCCAACAUAUUUCCUUGCUAUUGGAAUGUUUAAGAAGGAUUUUGGUUAUCGAAUCAUCCCUGUUCCGACGGAGGACGAUGGUAUAGACGUUACCGCUCUAGAGAAACUGUUACAAGAGACACCUGCUCCCACUCAGACAAAGAGUCCCUUCCGCCGGAUGUUGUACACAAUGACAGUCCAUCACAAUCCCAAGGGUUCUUGUCUUUCACCAGAGAAGUGUUGGCGUCUGAUUUCUCUGGCCCGGCAGUAUGACAUGUUGUUGUUUGCUGAGGAUGUCUACAACCUUCUGACGUACACUAAUGAUGGAGUUCCUCCUCUCAGACUCUUCUCUUACGACAACAAGGAUGACCAAGACUACAAAGGACACACUCUGUCAAAUAGCACGUUUUCCAAGAUCUUUUCUCCCGGUUUACGAGUGGGAUGGAUAGAGUCAGCGCCUAGGAUUAUCAAGAUGUUGUCGAACUGUUAUACCACAACAAGCGGUUACUGUUUUAACCAUUACAUGUCUUGUGUAGUUGGGAAAGCAUUGGAACUUGGACUCAUACAAUCCAAUCUUACGAGACUGCGAAAAUUAUACGGGGAGAGAAUCAGAACAAUGUGUCGCAGACUGAGAGAAAACCAACUUCCAGUGUCCUUUGUGGAACCAUUGGGCGGUUUCUUUGUAUGGUUAAAACUACCCGAGAAUGUUGAUGCAGAGGACCUCUGUGCAAAAGCUAAAGCAGUUAACUUACUUGUACAAGUUGGAUCCAAGGCGUCUCCGACUGGGGGAUGUAAGAAUUUUAUUCGUCUCUCUGUGAGCGUGUGUUCAGUAGAAAAUAUCGAAAAUGGAAUAGAUAGAUUGUCUGAGAUAAUUCGGUCGUGUGUCACAUGAAAGUUUUGUAUGGUAUCGUUUGUAAUGGUUUGUCAAUAAAGUGUUUUAAAUUAAAAAUAUUAAGAAUGUG